AUGUCAUCCUGCAGAUUCUCCAACACGCUAAAAACCGCCGCAGCAUCACUCUGCAAUUAUCUCCACACUACAACAACAAUCACAAUGGCCACCAAGAUCAAGCUUCUCCCCAACCCCCAGUACCGCAAGUCAGGGACCAAGUCCUAUGUCCACCUCAUGCGCAAGUACCGCUUCACCCCAACAAAGGGUGGGCGAUACUUUCUCAGCAGUUCUCUUCACCAGACAGGCCGGCAGUAUACAAACCUGCCUGUUGGUGGCAGAGCUCGCAUUCAGCACGUUCUGCGCAAGCGAAUCGCGGAUACAGACGAGACAAGCGAAGUCGGCGCCGACGAUGUCCAGAAUGAUACCAUGUACCUGGCGCCAGUGAGUAUCGGCACUCCAGCGCAGACGGUUAAUCUGGAGUUUGACACGGGUUCCACGGACUUAUGGGUCUGGUCCACCAACCUCCCCUCGGCGACCAUCUCUCAGCACAAGACCGGCACAAUCUUCGACCCAAGCAAGUCGAGCACUUUCAAAGAACAGUCCGGCUCGACAUGGAAGAUCUCUUACGAUGAUGGCUCCUUCGCCUCCGGUACGGUCGGCACUGAUACAAUCUCGCUCGGCGGCUUGAAGGUCGAGAAUCAGGCGAUCAAACUGGCCGAUACCCUUUCCGCGCAGUUCGAGCAGGGAACUUGCGAUGGUUUGCUUGGACUGGCGUUUAGCAACAUCAACACGGUCAAGCCGCAGGCUGUCCGCACUCCUGUCGAAAAUAUGAUCGCGCAAGAGGAUAUACCGAAAUCCGCGAAACUGUUCACUGCGAAGUUGGGGACCUGGAAAGAUGCGAACGAGCCGGACGAGGGCGAGCCGUUCUACACGUUUGGGUUCAUCGAUCAGGAUACAGUGACGGCGUCGGGCGAGGAAGUAUACUACACUCCCAUCGACAACAGCCAGGGAUUUUGGCUGUUUGACUCUGCCUCGGCGACCGUGAAUGGGAAGACGAUUGCGCGCUCGGGAAACAAGGCCAUUGCUGAUACGGGGACGACGUUGGCGCUGGUCGAUGAUGAGACGUGUCAGGCAAUUUAUGAUGCUAUUCCUGGGGCGCAUUACGACGACGAAAGUCAGGGGUAUAUUUUCCCGUCCAACACGACAGAAGACAAACUUCCUGUCGUCUCCUUUGCUGUGGGAGACAAACAAUUCGUCGUGCAAAGGGAGGAUCUGGGCUUCGCCGAGGCCAAGUCGGGCUAUGUCUACGGAGGUAUCCAGAGCAGAGGCAGCAUGACAAUGGAUAUCCUUGGAGACACAUUCCUCAAGGGAAUUUACGCAAUAUUCGACGUCGGCAAUCUUCGUUUCGGGGCCGUCCAGCGAAAGGAGUUGCAUCAGAAUCUGUCUGUUCCUCAGUAA